UUUGAUAUUUUUAUGUUUGUUCAGGAAGCUACGGAGGAAAAAGGCGAAUUGCAGAUUGGGAGAAAGAGAAAGAAAAAGGAACAAUAUUUCACUGAAAACCAUGAAUACUGUCUUCUCAGUUGACGAUUUCUCCGACUCCUUCUGGGCCGCUCCGGCUUCCGACGAUGCGCUUGGGAUGACCCGAAGCCAUUCCGAGUGGGCGUUGGAAAGGUUUCUGGAAGAAUUUUCCGGCGCCGGCGUGGCGAUCUCUGGGUCGCAUGCGGGCGAGAAUGUGAUCGGUCCGUCCUUGAUGGCACCUCAGUCGUCGGUUUCCAAAGUGGAAGAAGGUGACGUGGUGGAGAUAAAAAGGCCUAAUAGCCAGAAUCAUAAUCAUCCGCCGUCUGAUCAAACGCCGACAGUUCCGACUGCCUCGGAUGAUUACCACACGAUCCUCAAGAGCAAGCUCGAACUAGAAUGCGCUGCGGUUGCUCUCUCUCGUGCGUUAGCUGUGAAGGCAGAAGAUUCGUCUGCCGAAGCUGAAAAUCACGGGCUUCCAUCGGGAUCAAAAGUUCAAGGUUCCUCAAAGGUACAAGGACAGGGUGAAACUGAUGUUGCACAUUGUGGAACUCUGACAGGGUCAACUACACAGAAAAAAUCAGGGGUGCAAGUGAGGCAAGCCACGAGUGGAUCAUCAAGAGAAGACUCAGAUAGUGAUGAACUUGAAGGAGAUACUGAAACAGCUGAUAACAUGGAUCCGGCUGAUGCAAAACGUGCAAGGAGAAUGCGGUCAAAUCGAGAAUCAGCUAGACGCUCUAGAAGAAGAAAGCAAGCACAACUGAAUGAACUUGAAGCACAGGUUGGUCAACUAAGAGUUGAACAUUCCACAUUACUUAAGCGUCUAACUAACAUGAAUCACAAGUAUGACGAAGCUGCUGUUGAUAAUAGAAUUAUGAAGGCUGACAUUGAGACUUUAAGAGCAAAGGUGAAAAUGGCUGAAGAAACAGUUAAGCGGGUGACAGGGUUUAACCCGGCUCUUCUAUCUAGACCUAAUGUCCCUAGUGUAGGCAUGCCUUUUGUUAGCAACCCAUUGGAAGCGUCAACAGUUGCUCCUCUACCAUUUCAGUCAAACGCUAACCAGUUUUUUAACCAACCAGUUCCUAACAUUGUUGCAUCCAUUCAUCAUCAGAGAGUGGAUAACAGUUUCAGGGGCAACACCCUGGUUCCUCCUGAUGUGAAUUCACAAACUAAAGGAGUGAAGAAUGUCAAUGAAACAUCUGUAUUGCAGCAUGGACCCAGCUUGGAUUGUGUUCCAGAUCAGAUUGGCCCUGGUGUCAGUCCAUGUGGACCUAUGCCUGGUUGGGAGCCUGGAUUAUUACCCCAUGCUGGUGACAGGAACAAUAAACAAUGUUGAAUAUUAGUGCCCCUCUUGUUUCCCUGAGAUGGCUCUUUUCUCUAAAAGCCGCUUAGAUAGUGGUAAAAUUAUGAUGCCGUAUUGGUUCUCACUGCAAUUUUGUUUUUAGUAUCUUCUUCUCCAGUGGGUGACUAUCUUAUAUCUGUAUCAUAACAUGGUUGUACUACUCAGUUACUUGAAUAAACUUAUUUGGUAAAUAAUUCCUUAUGAAAUUCA